AUUUAAAGUCGGGAACAUGCAAUCCACUAGCCUUUUUCUGGCUGUGAUUUUCCUUAUAAGUUUUGUCCAAAUCGAUGGCCUCCUGCGUCGCUGCUACCAGUGCCGAUCCCGCGGGGAUCUGGGCAGCUGCAAGGACCCGUUCGCCUUCAACGCGACGGACGUGGAGCAGGAGCCCGGGGUGGCGGCCAUUCCCUGCGCCAGCGGCUGGUGCGGCAAGGUGAUCGAGGGCGGCGGCACCUAUGCCAUCGACGACUACGACCUGGCCAUCCAGCGGAUGUGCGUGCAGCGCGGUCCGGACGACAACAUGGACCGCUGCGCGGACACCAUCUACAACUACAAGAAGGUGUACAUGUGCUUCUGCCAGGGCGACCUGUGCAACGGAACGAGCAGCUGGUCCAGUGCGCCUCCGAUGAUCCUCCUCCUAAUGCUGCCUUUAAUCGGCGGAUUGAUUAAGUGUUUCCGAGCCUAGACUGCUUUUUUGGCCUUUGGCCUGCAAUGUAUAUACAUUUUAUAAUACUCAAUCAACACGAAAUGCAAUACUUUCAAUUCGAAAAUAAAAACCUUUUUUUGUUAAUAUUUAAAA